AUGAGUCAGAACGUUGUUUUAUUAAGGUUUCUCUAUGGUACGCUCUUUUCAAACGAGACUAUGCAGACUUUUAGGUUUCCACCUGGUGAGAACUUUGCCACAUAUCCGGAACGAACUGUGGAUGAGCUCACAGUUUAUGUAGAUGAGGAGUCACCUCUGCGUUUUAUUCCACCUUUGCCGCCUUUUACUGAUGUCCCAAGGGGUUGGUUCAUGCUACACGAUCUCCUGAUAGCUUUGCCUCUAUCAGUAUUUGUGCUCACCGCAUAUGUGAACAAAAAUGUUGAUGUUCGUGGUAACACAUUCCCAAAAUCAUAUAAUUACGCAAUUUUCAAACUAGAUUAUGUCGAUAUUGGUCCUAAACCUUAG